AGAGAAUGAAAGAAGUAGAUAAUCUUGAAAGUAUAAAAGAAGAAUGGGCUUGUGAAACAGGAUCUGACAAUCAACCUCUUAGUGAUAAUCAACAAACAAAUUGUGAAUAUUUUGUUGACAGCCUUUUUGAGGAAGCUCAGAAGGUUGGUGCCAAAUGUUUGUCCACUACUGAACAGAAGAAACAGGUAAAUAUUUGUCUUGAUAUAUUAUCCAAUUCUUUUUGCAUACAAAAUAUGUUUUUCAGGGAAAGAAAAAACAGUGGGAGCUUUAUCAUUUUGUUUCUUUGCCUUUUAAGGGAAUUACCUUCAGAAUUACAGGGAAUUUUUAAUAAAGAGGAGGUGGAUGUUAAAGUUGAAGAUAAGAAAAAUGAAGUGUGUGUCUCCACGAAGCCUGUGUUUCAGCCCUUUUCAGGACAGGGUCACAGACUGGGAAGGGUAAGCCACAUCAAAGACUUCAUUGAACAGUACCAAGGAUCUCAAAGAAGUCCUCCCUUUUCCCUGGCAACAGCUCUUCCUUUCCUCAAAUUGCUAGAUGAAACACUCACACUGGAAGAAGCAGAUUUACAGAAUGCUGUAAUCAUUCAGAGACUCCAAAAAACUGCUGAACCUUUUAUAAAACUUUCAGAGCAUUGAUUUUUGAUAGACUAAGUGGAAAAUUUGCAGAGAAAAGAUGGUUGUAAGUGGGCAAACCAAAAUGGGGGACAGAAAAAGUCAGAUUUGCUGGACUUUUGGUUAACCUACUGUUUAACUCUCCAGAUGAGAAGACUUUUAAGUAAGUACAGGUUAGGAAAGUAACAUAUGACUGGAAAAUAUAUUCAGUGUACUUUUUCCAAAAGGCUACUCAAAAGAAAAAUAUACUUAUUUUCAAAUACCAAGUAAUCAACAUAAGAUAUAUUAAAUAGGUGUACAAUUUACAGUCUAAAUAUCAUAUAAAUUAGCAAAUAUGUUCACAGCAUCUGUCAUUCAAACAUCAUUCCCAAACAGCAGGGAUUUAUUUAAAUGUUAGC